AUGUAUGCGAGAGCCCUCCGGGUUACCUACCCUCCAGUGGGAAGCACCCCAUCCAAUGUAGGACCGGGAUCAUACGAGGUCAGUCAAUCCAAAGCUAAUAAAUCAGACUGCUACGCUCCCUUCAUGUCGCUCUCCAGCAGAGAGACACUGUUCCACGUGUCGGCCACCGACAUCGACUCUCCCGGACCUGGCCAGUAUGACACCGGGGUCACCAAGAGUCACAUUGUGGGCGGGCGGAGUCUUCAGAAUCGAUCGAAGCGGUUUGAGGAGAACGUUUCGGAGGUACCAGGGCCAGGGGCGUACGACGUCCCUCCAGCAGGGCACGCCCUGUGGCUCAGACACAUAGGGAGUGAGAGCCCUUGGAGGAAGAUCGCUAAAAUGGGCACCUUCAACCGCCUCGGGCACCCGGGUCGGCCGGACGUCCCCUCCAUCCCGUCCCCCGGCCAGGCCUUCGGGUACGAGGAGACGGGCGAGGGGCUGCUCUGCCGACAGCCAGCGCCUCACCGGGACGACACACUGGGGCCGGCCUUCUACAGCCCGCUGGCGGCGGAGAACUCCUCCUCACUGAGGUAUAAAGGGGUGCACUUUGGGAAGAUGACAGCGAAGCGCAGAGAGGUGAAGGAGCCUGAAGGCCCUGGACCUGCGGACUACAGGCCUGAGGAGAACCAUACCGUCCUCUAUGAGAAUGUCAACCUGAAGAGGGAGCAGCGGAGCAGGGCGCAGCUUGUCCUCCCACGGUACCAUGAGAUUGUGGCACUGCAGGAGGAGAAGAAGGGCGUCCCAGGUCCUGGGAAGUAUGACAUCAAGAGCCAGUUUGAGAAAUCCACUGACCAAAAGGGCGGGCACCCUGCCUCUGCGCCCCCCUUCCUCUGCCAGGCCCAGCGUUUUAUCCAAGUGAAGGAGUUAGCGCCCCCUGUGGGUGCAUACAACGACCCGCGCUGUGCCUUAGAGGUCCUGAAGAGGACCGCAGGCCUCAAAAGGAGUCCAUUUGGCCAGACUGCUGUGCGAUUCCUCUCCGAGAGCUGGAAAUCAGUCACUCCAGGCCCAGGCGCAUACAACUUGUUUGACGAUGGCAUCGCCCAGGACAGCCUGAGGAAGGCCCUCUCGGAGAGCACCAAGAAGGGUGCGUUUGGCUCCAGUGCCCUACGCAGCCCCACCUUCGUCAGGAAGGAGGAGGUGGACCUCCCCGGGCCUGCCCAAUACAAGGUGGAGAAGAAGUCUGAGGAGCUGUACAAGCAGAAGCACACAGCUGUGUUCAAGUCAGCCACAGAGCGGCUAGUGAGCUCCCAGGCGCCCCAGGACACCCCUCCCCCCAGCUCCUACAACGUGCACGAGUCCUUCGAGAGGACACACGGGCGCAGCCGCUACGUGGCGCCCCGAAACGCGGGGGCGAGGAAACGACAGGGCUCCUUCCUGAGCGCUGCCCCCCGAAGCUCCUCCUUCCAGCAGUUUGACCUCGACAUCCCAGGCCCCGGACACUACAGCCCUGCCGUCAAGUCCAGCCCCAAGAUGGCCCUGAUUGUAUCCCAAGAGGACCGCUUUAAAGACCCUAAAGAGACCACGCCUGGCCCAGCUGCAUACGAGCUGAGCCCAGCGAUCAGGGACACAGUCCUGAAGGGGACCUUCAACGUCACCCUACAAAACCCGCUGAUGUCACGGGUCCACGCCCCGCCACAGCAGAGUGCCAGCUACCCGGCCCUUGCUCUCACCAGCUCGUAG